UCAACAAACUGACCCAACAAACUGUGAAGACACAAUGCUGCUGCUGAACUCUACAAGCUCAGAGGAUCUGCUGGGUAACAGUAGCAGUGACCCUGGACUGGACAAUGUGGAACAGGUUCUAGUCCCAAUACUAGAUUCACUAAUUCUGGUGCUGGGAGUUAGCGGACACACCAUAGUGAUAGUAAUCUUAUGUAAGCGAUGGAGGAGAGGCGUGGGACGUUUAGGACAGUCUCCCCAAAACUCUGUGAUGGGUAUGGGGACAGACAUCCUGCUUCUCGCCCUGAGCAUUUCAGACCUGCUUUUGCUCUCCAUGCUUCCCUUCCACACGGCUGCUAUAGCCAUGCAGCACUGGCCGUUUGGUGACUUCAUGUGUCGUCUGCUGGGCUUCCUGGGAUCAGCCUGCUCUUCAACCAGCAUCUUUACUCUGGCCACACUGGCUGUGUGUCGCUAUCUGACUGUAGUGAAGCCUGCCAGAGCAUAUUCCCUUCUCUCUACUCGCCGAAUCUCUAUAGCUGCCAUACUGGUCUGGGUCCCAGCCUGCUGCCUUGCUGUUCCACAGCUAGUCUUUCGCUCUGUAGGAACCCCACAAAAAGCCCUUGACGGGCUUGCAUGCUUUGCUUUCCAGACCCACCGUGACCAGUUGAUCUAUGGACUGUCUCAUUUCUUUGUGGCCUUCUUUCUACCGCUAGUUACCAUAGCAGUGGCAUAUGGCAGCAUCUACAUGUUUCUAUGGAGGAGUCGGCACACUGGAAGAGCCCCCCAGGUGGAGCGUUACCAAAGCAAAGUGACCCAAACGUCGGCUAUGCUGGUGCUGGCUUUCACCCUGUGCUGGCUGCCGUCCUACGGCAUGACGCUGGCCUUACUGGCGGAUAAAGGCACAGGAGCCACUGGAGCCUCACCACGUUAUGGCCCCUUUGCUGUGUUUGCACGCUUUAUGGCAACCUCCUCUACAGUGAUGAACCCUAUUCUCUAUGUGCUGAUGUCUGAAAAGUUCAGGCAAGACCUACUGAGGCUGUUCAAGAGGGAAGGACAAAGAGACAGCGGGGAUGUGGCUAUGGCUGCUGCCUGACAGUAUUACUACGAGUAACUAACUUGACAUAACGUGACUAUUUUAUUCGCGCACAGCGAGGAACUGCUGGCAACUGGGAUCGACAAAAAAAAUACAAGCUAAAAAACUUGAUCAAAGACUACAGAUAAACUGGACGUCAGCGUUGCCUUCAUGAACAAAGUCAACUCAAGAGCUCUCAUAGCAACAGUCAGCAUCAUUGCUUUGAACAACAGUUGCUCUUGAAUUGAGCAGGAACUUUGCUCUGGGAUUUGUUGCUUUACAUGCACAGCAGGAAUAUCACGCAUUCCUUGUAAAAGAGAUUAAAGUAAAACAUUAACGGUGCACCCGUGUUCUGUUGUGCUGAGAUAAGUUGAAUGAAAGUCUAUCUGUCUCUCAGCCUGAUUGUAUUGCUUCUCACUCUGUUCUCAAAAUGCUUUUCCUUUGUUUCUACUUUGGCUACAUCUACAGAAUAAAUAUGAGUAUUUUGGGAAAAAGCCAGCAGAUUUCUUCUCCAGGAAGAUUUCUUAUCAGGGAGUCUUAUGACUGGACAAAUGACAGGAGCCAUAAACCUUGGAUGGGGUGGGAGGUUUAGGCCAGAUCACCAUGUCAUGUUAGUUACUUGGACAGAGCACAAAGCAUUAAGGCAUU